AUGCUCAUAGUCAAGCAUGCACAUGAGCAAGAUCAUCAUGCAGGGACCAACCAAGUACUAGCGCAGCUUUCAGUCCAGUAUUGGAUAAUUUCUGCAAGAGAAGCAAUUAGAGAGUGGGAAAGAGAAUGCAUGCAGUGUAGAAGAAGGAAGGCUUCUCCAACUAAGCAAAUCAUGGCCCCUUUGCCAGAGUUACGCACACGAAAGUCCCUUCGCGCAUCCAGCCACAUAUCUGUUGACUUUGGUGGACCUUUCAUGACCAAACAGGGGAGAGGAAAGACACGCCAGAAGAGAUAUCUGUGUCUGUUUACCUGCCUAGAGACUAGGGCUGUGCAUCUUGAAGUAGCAUAUAGCCUUGACACUGAUUCAUUCCCAAAUGCAUUUUUUCGAAUGACGUCACGACGUGGUGUUCCCAAAGAUGUUGUUUGCUACAAUGGAACUAACUUUGUUGGUGGAGGUAAUGAGUUGAAAGAAUUAGAAGCCUUAGACCAGAACAAGAUCCAAGAUACAACAUCGAGCCACAGAAUCAACUGGCACUUUAACCCGCCUGCUGGGCCGCACUUCAGCGGUGUGCAUGAAAUCAUGAUCAAAGCGGCAAAGAAAGCCAUUUAUGCAGUCUUGGGUUCUGCGGAUAUCACCGAUGAUGAACUAUUAAGUGCAAUUGUUGGCGCAGAAGGCUUAAUUAGCUCUCGGCCACUAACCUAUCAAUCAGCCGACCCAUCGGACCUUGUUCCUCUCACCCCAAACCAUUUCCUUCAUGGGCAAGUAGGAGGAAGAUUUGCACCGGACAGUGUUGACACUGAAGACUUCAACCCAAGAAAGAGGUGGCGUCUGGUCCAGGAACUUGUUCGCCACUUUUGGCAUAGGUGGUUGCGUGAGUGGAUUCCGAGUUUGAGUGCAAGAAAGAAGUGGCGCAGGGAUCAACCUAAUUUGAAAGUUGGCGAUGUGGUGAUUGUAAUGUCUACAGAAACCCCGAGAGGAAAAUGGCCCCUGGGACGCAUCAUCAAAGUGCUUCCUGGAAAGGUCGACCGGGUCCGAGUCGUCGAUGUUCAAGUGGGAAAAACGGUGUACAGGAGACCAGUUGUGAAACUUUGCCCAUUGGAACAAUGUUGA